AUGAGAGGAAGAGUAAAGACUGAAGAGGCUAUCAUAAUAAGGUUAAUAGAUUAUCAAAUAAUAUAGCAUAAUGGAAACUAGAAAAAAGAAGGGGAAAAUAUUUGCUUUUAUCAAUAAAUUAUUGAUUUGGUUAUAUUAGCACAUCUUUUAAAAAUAAUUAAAAAUUUUAUUUUUAUAUUUGUUAUUAACUUUAGAUAAAAAAAAAUUGAAUAAAAUAUAAAACCUGAUCUACUUAAAGAUGAUUACUGGAUCAAAAUAUUUUUUAUUUUACAAGAGAAGACUAAAAAAAAUAUCAAAUAAUCAGUUUUGAAUUUAUAAAGGCACAAGAAAUGGAUUAAAUGGAUAAUAAUAUUGGAAUAAAGUGAAUGGUAAAGGGAACUUACUUAUGGUAUUUAAAUCCAAAAGUGAUUAUAUCUUUGGAGCAUACUCUCCUUGUAAAUGGGAAUCAAAUAAGAAUAAUUAUGUGGAAGAUAAUACAUUAUCAUCUUUUAUAUUUUUAUAAACUCAUGAUUAAGUUUAUCCUUUGAAGUAAGAUUAAAAAUAAUAUGCUAUUUAUUCUAGUUCAAGUUAUGGACCUAUAUUUGGAUAGGGACAUGAUAUUUAUAUAACUAGUGAUUUUACUAAUGGUAAUUCUAGAUUAGGUUAUUCAUAUUAAUUUAGUUAAUACAAGGAUAGAAAUGAUGAUCCAUAUUUAUAUGGAUAAAAAAUUCUUGAGUAUUUAGUAUUUGUUUUAGGAAAUUUCUAAUAAGAUUCUUCAUUUAAUAAUUGA